AUCACCACCCGACCACCCCACCUACACCGAACCCGCCGCCCCGCAACCAUGGACACCAAUAUGGAAGACGUCAAGAUGCCGGAGCCAAUGCAGCUCUCGUCAGCCCCCACGUCGGAGCCGACCACAAUCCCCACGCUGGACGGCUGGAUUGAGAGCCUCAUGAGCUGCAAGCAGCUGGCCGAGAGCGACGUCCAGAGACUAUGCGACAAGGCCCGCGAGGUACUCCAGGACGAGUCCAACGUACAGCCAGUGAAAUGCCCCGUCACAGUCUGCGGCGAUAUACACGGCCAGUUCCACGAUCUGAUGGAACUGUUCAAGAUUGGCGGCCCCAACCCGGACACAAACUACUUGUUUAUGGGCGACUACGUCGACCGUGGCUACUUCUCUGUCGAGACCGUGACCCUCUUGGUCGCGCUCAAGAUCCGGUACCCCCAGCGCAUCACCAUUCUCCGCGGUAAUCACGAAUCUCGUCAGAUCACCCAAGUAUACGGCUUCUACGACGAAUGCCUCCGCAAGUACGGCAACGCCAAUGUCUGGAAAUACUUCACAGACCUCUUCGACUACCUGCCGCUCACCGCCUUGAUUGAUAACCAGAUCUUCUGUCUGCACGGCGGUCUUUCCCCCAGCAUUGACACGCUCGAUAACAUACGUGCCCUCGACCGCAUACAGGAAGUGCCACACGAGGGACCCAUGUGCGAUCUGCUUUGGUCCGACCCAGACGACAGGUGCGGUUGGGGAAUAUCGCCCCGUGGUGCAGGGUACACAUUCGGCCAGGAUAUUUCCGAAGCCUUCAACCACAACAACGGCUUGACACUGGUGGCGCGUGCUCAUCAGUUGGUCAUGGAGGGUUACAACUGGUCGCAAGAUAGGAAUGUUGUAACCAUAUUCUCAGCACCCAACUACUGCUACAGGUGCGGUAACCAGGCCGCCAUCAUGGAAAUUGAUGAGCAUCUGAAGUAUACCUUCCUGCAGUUCGAUCCUUGCCCGAGAGCUGGCGAGCCCAUGGUGUCACGAAGGACUCCCGAUUAUUUCCUUUAGAUGACCUCUCGACCUUGGCUUCUAUCGCCAUCUCAGCACAGGGUCACAUCAGGAAGUCAUCACUAAAUACUGUGUACGAUCGCGUUCUUCGUGUCACUCAAGCUGUCCAUGGAGACAGAAAUUGUGUGACACUGACAUUGCCUCUUAGACCAAGGCUCUCAAUGUCUAAAAAGACCCGAAAAGCCACACUAGAGACGCGCGGAGAUACUAUGAAAGGUUGUGAUGUAGCGAACACGCAAGCUGAUAAUGAUAGACUCAGUUG